UUAUUUUUCCACUGAGAAAGUCUACAAAAUUACAUCACAACUUCAUCAAACAUUAUUGGUUGGUCGCCAAAUGCCAAUGACGAACAUUGAUCGCAAAAUUUGUGGAACGAGGCCAGCACACGUGUAAUCAGACACAAACAUUGGACGAGAAACGUAUUCUGAUUGGCUGCCAGGCAAGCGGUCUCAGUGGUUUUUGUUUUGGAUAAUAAUAAUUAGAAGAGUUUUCAGCAAAAUAGAAAAAUGUCGUGGAAUAGCGAUACUGUUUUGGAAUUCUUAGAACUCUAUAGAAGAGAGCAACAUUUGUGGGAUCCAAAACAUCCGUUGCACAGAAAUAGAAGUGAAGUUUCCGAGUCCUGGCUUAGGAUACAGGCAUCUUUAAGUAUACAUUGCUCAAUUACUGAUCUAAAGAAGAAAAAGGAAUCAUUAAUGACGUCCUUUAGAAUGCACCUCAGCAAAAAGAAAGUUCAACCGGGGUAUCGCACAACUUGGUUCGCCUAUUCACUAAUGGAGAGUUUUCUUGGCGGCAAAUACGAAUGUGAUAGCACAAAUCAAUUGGAAAAUGAGUAUUAUACAAAUACAGGAAACUACUCAACACAACCAGGAAUUCCAGAUCACACAAACAACAUUAAUAGAAAUAUUAAUAUAGCUGAUAAACACACAGCUAUGGUUCGGCAAAGUAAACCAGUAUCUCCAAAAACACCCAACAACAAAAAUUGCUCAGAAAUAAAUUAUGCAAAGAAACGAAUGGAUGAAGCUGUAACAUACUUGAAGAAUGCAUCAUCAGGUGGCGUGAAGCAUGAAAUGGACGAAUAUGAGUUAUACGGUCAGCUAUUAGCGAAGAAAUUGAGAAAACUAGACGAACACCAACGUGAUUUAGCGAUGCAUGAAAUCGAUAAUGUCAUGUUUCGCGCAAAAAUGCAGAGCUCUACGUCACAGCAAAGAAGUUACUCAACGUCACCGUCCCCUGUUCCUCGGAAGCUGAAAUCUCCUAUAUUUAUAGUUACGCAACAAAAUCCUACUAACAUACAGUACGAAGAUGAAAAUAUUACGUAUCAAGAGCAAUCGCCAUCUUAGAAGUAGCUCAAUGUUUGUUGAGGAUACUUGAUUGUAGCUCAUUGCAGCUGAACCUUACCUUUCCCAGUGCUCUGGAGUAUAUAUAUGGCACGCGGGGCGCGGAAGACGCAAUAUUUGACAGAGAUUGUUUUUUAGUUAUUUAAUUGGUUAAAAAUUGCUUUAUUUAUUUAUUUACACAACUUUAGAAGUAAUACACAAAGUGUAAAAUUUGUAUAGCCUUCAUAGCUGCUAGGAAGGUAAAGUGCGUUAUUUAACAUAGUUAAUACUUACAUUGCAUUAAUUUUGAGAUUCGUUGAUAUUAUUUAUGUGAUAUUGUCUUUAAAGUGCACGACUAGCGACUGUUACAUAUAUUUUACUUAAAAAGGAGUUUUGUUUGUAAUAAAUUUUGAAAUUAAACUGAGAGUUUUU